AUGCCUGAAUUAGCUACUAUCAAGGCUAUCGCGUCGGGUCCCUACCACGAUAGUCCGUGUGGCGACUUAAUCAUACGCACCGCGGACGGCACGGAAUUUCACGUCGACCGCAAGAGUAUUGCGGACGCAUCACCUCUCUUUUCCGACCUCUUUUACCUCCCUCAGACUAGCUCCGAUACGAGCGACAAGCCGAUCCUCGAUGUUGCCGAGUCGACAGCAGUCUGGGAGCGCAUCAUGCACAUAUGCACUCAUCCCCCGGAACCCGUCAUCGACUUCGCACAACUGUCUUCCCUACUCGCGGCCGGCAAGAAGUAUUCCCUACGAGGCGUGAGCCAGCGGAUGCAGGACGUCCUUCUCCGCGCCGACUACCUCGACAAGAAACCCCUGAGCGUGUACGCUCUCGCGUGCGCCUACGACCUCCUAGCCGUCGCACGCGUUGCGGCCCGGCGCAUGCUCAAGCUCCCUGCGAUGCUUGAGUCCGUCCCCGAGCUCACGUCAAUCUCCGGGCGCGCAUACCACAACCUCCUCGAGUACCGCUACAAGUGCGGGCAGGCUGCCUCUACGGCUGUCGCGCGCUCGCGGGGAUUGCAGCCCAUGCCAGGGUGGGUGGACGAGGAGACGAUCAAGAUGCUCGUCAUAUGCAGCAGCACUUCCGACGACUGCAAGGAAAACUCGGUGUACUACUGCGUGCAUCCGACGGAGUAUUAUCUGCGGCAGUCGUGGCUGGACUAUCUUGAUAAGCUCGGGCGUGAGCUGGUGGUGAGGCCAGACGGAUCGCUCGCGAGCAGCCCGGAGAUGCUGGAGCCGGUGGUUGUGUCGGCCGCGGAGUGCAUUGCGUGUGCGACGAAGAUAUUUGGGCAGGCGAUUGGGUUCGCGAAGAAAGUCGAGGAGGUAAUAGAAGACGCGAUUUCGAAGGUUGAGCUGGCUUCUGAUGCAUAG